ACGAGAGGCAUAAACUGUCAUGGCCGCACCCACGAAGUGACGAGAUACAUCUAUCAUCUGUAUAACAGUAUAUGUAUGUUCGUUUUGUGCUUAAUAACAUAAGCAGACGUAAGCCAUCUUACUUGCUGAUACAGUGAUAGUUUCGCAAGAGAAGCCUUCGACCGACGGGAGAUUCGUCGAGCGUUUCUCGUGACGCACGCGCUCGGCUGCAGUACAACAGAGCGAGAACGCGACGGAAUCGUCGACAUCAUGCUCACGCCGCGAUUCUCGAUCGUUCAGGACGCGGACUUCGUGACCUUGAGGAUACGCGCGCCGUACGCGAAGGUCGCGGCGACGGACGUCAGCGUCGACGGCUGUGAGCUGCGCUUCGCGUCUCCGCCGUACUUCCUGCGACUAACCUUCGAUGAGCGGCUCGUCGAGGACGGACGGGAGGCGGCGGACUACGACGUCGACACGGGGUUCUUCACCGUGCGCGUUCCCAAGGAGACGCCGGGCGAGGAGUUCCGCGGACUGGACAUGAUGACGAAGCUGCUGGCGCCCCCGGCGACGAAAAACAACGCGCGGCCGACGAUUAGCGAGAUCGGCGGAGAAGCUAACGAUGAAGAGGAAGAGGAAGAGGAAGAGGUGGAUUGGUUCGUGGAGCAGGUUCCCAUGGCGACGGACGCACCGCCGCUCCCCGCCGCGUUCCGUUACGGAUUCGCGAACCAGAAGUCGGGCGCGCUGUCGGCGAUGGCGGGAGAGUUUGUCGGCGUGUUCGACGUCCUUGACCCCGACGCCCUUGACCUCUGCACGCGGAGGUCGCUGCGGCUGCAGCAGGAGCGAGACGCGUUCAGUGACGAUCACUACCUCUACGACCUUCACGACAAUGCCGACAUCGACGACAUCCUCGCGUUCCGACCCUGGUGGGAGGAGGGCGCCACCGCGGUGGAGUUCACGGACGAGGAGCGCGACCAGAUGCUGCGGCUGCCCGCGCGGCGCCACCUACUGGACGGCGAGGAGACGCGGGCGGCAUCGCUGGGGAUGGUCGACGUCGUCACGGCGUACGCGCACGACGCGCGAUGCACGCUCGGCGACGGCAACUCCGAGUCUGCGUGGACCGUCUGCAAGCUGAGCGCGACGCUCUCUUGGUUCGACGCGUUCUCGAGCGUCGACGACGUCGUCACGGCGACCGCGCGCCGCUGCCUCUGCUUCCCGCUGCAUCGUCACUUCGCGUUGGCGGCGGCGGCGGCGCGGGACGCCGCGCGGAUCUUCGCGCUGGGACGCGGCGCGCUGCUGCGCUGCCUGCUCGCCGUGCACCGCCUGCUGAGCGAGGGAGACGCGCGCUACGUGCUCAACGACCUCUACGUGACGGACUACUGCGUGUGGCUGCAGGCAUGCGGCGACGCCACCCUCACCUCCCUCGCCGCAGCGCUGGCGUCGACCACGCUCACGAAGGCAGGGAUGGGAUUAGAUGUGGAGGAGCUGGAGGCGGCGGCACUGGCCUGCAUCGCGGAGGAGCUGGAGGCGGCGGCGCAGGCCUGCAUCGCGGAGCGGGACGCCGGGGGCGACGUCGCAGCGCUGACGAGGAAGGCAGGGAGGCUGCGGAUCAGGGAAGCAGAAGAUGACAGCGAUGAUGAUGAUAGCGAUGACGAUGACAGUGAUGAUGAUGAUGAUGAUGAUGAUGAUAGUGAUGAUGAUGAUGAUGAUGAUGAUGAUGACAGUGAUGAUGAUUCUGAGGGUGCCGGAGCUGGUGACGAUGAUCCGAAUGAUGUUAAGAGAGAAGAUGAUAAGAGUAACGUGGAAGCAGGUAGAGACGUCAAUUCUAGUGAUACCGUGGCGACGUUAGUAGAUGAAGCCAGCAGCAAAGCUUGUGUGGCGGCAGCGGGGAGCGAACUGUCUGCUUCCAAACUAUCAUGAAACUUCACGACACGACGGAAAUUCAUGGAAAUUACGAGCGAAUAUAGCGGUAAAUAGCACAUCGCUAACAGGUGGCAAAAUUUUAUCAGUGGCCUAUGCUCCACCCAGGAGCCACGGGCGUAAGUCCAGUAGUGGAGCACACAAAAAUGUGGCACUAUCGUGGACUUAAAACACGAAUUGUGAAAUCUAAAGAGAAGGUUAAACGUAUUAAAAGUAUUAGUUUUUAUACAACAUGCA